AUGUCCUCCAUGGGGGUAAACAGAGGCUUCCUCAGAAAGUAUGGAGGCUUCAUGUUCAAGCAGUGGAAGGAGAAGUACCUGGUGCUGACGCUGGAGGGCAACCUGCUGGUGUGCCGGGACGCCGACUCCCCCGCCGACCAGGUGGUGGCGCUGCAGAGCAGCUGCGAGGCCAUCGUGGAGGGCCGUGAGAUCCUGGACCUGCCCCGCCUGCCACCAGGGGGCAGGAGAGACUGCUGCUUCGCCCUCAUCCUGCGCCAGGAGAAGUUCCUGCUGCUGCUCUCGGACAGUCCGGAUGACUGCAGUCAGUGGCUGAAGCUGUUGAGGAAAGUCAGAGAGGGCGUGGCCUCCCCCAUGACCCUGCAGAGACAGCAGAGCAUCACCCCCUGCAUCACGGACAGAGACCCCCUGCCUGACACCCCCCCUCUGGAGAAGGACUCGCCCGGCUCCUCUCCACGACUGGGGGACAACCUCCCCUCCUCUGUCGCCACCUCCCCUCGCCUCCCCGGCAGGGAGAACUCCUUCAGGGAGAGGAAAGGUCCGUCCCGCACAUGCUCAGUCCGCAGCGGUUCCAUCGCCCCGCCCCACCGCUCAGCCGACUGCCUGCGCCACGGCAACAGCAGUGAUGCGCGGGCGGUGCGCGCCGUCUGCCUGCUGAUGGGCGGGGCGGCCGCCACCUCGGCGCUGGGCUACCUCAACUCCUGCGCCACAGCCAAUCACGCGGCCGGGGCGGCUGGACACGCCUCCGAUCUGGGCCACUCAGUGGCCGGCUUCUCGGAGAUGGGCGGGGCCGGCUCCAGCUACCACGCCUGCGGACAGGCGGCCGACGGGCCGCACUUCAACAGUUUCGACUUCGAGGGCGCCGACUCUGACUUUGACGCCUUUGACUGCGGCGGCUUUGCUUUUUAA